CCCCGCAGGCCCCGGGGACCGGCAGCAUUCAGUAUCUGGCGCCUGUGCGUGAUGACGCACUUGCGCGCCAAGACGUGGGGACGCAGGCGGGGGCCGUAGAGAGCGUUUGGGUGCCUAUAUAUCUUUCCCAAUUCCUAAAACCCGACUGCGUUUUCUCAGCACUGGUUUGAUAUCCAACUAUGCAGCGGAGAUCAAGGGGAAUUAACGCUGGACUUAUUCUGCUCCUCUCUCAAAUCUUCCAUGUUGGGAUCAGCAAUAUUCCACCCGUCACCCUCGCAACUUUGGUUCUCAACAUCUGGUUCUUCUUGAAUCCUCUGAAACCGCUGUUCGAGUCCUGCCUUAGCGUGGAGAAGUGUUACCAGCAAAAAGACUGGCAGCGCUUACUGCUUUCUCCUCUUCACCACGCAGACGACUGGCAUUUGUAUUUCAACAUGGCAUCCAUGCUCUGGAAAGGAAUACAUCUGGAAAGAAGACUAGGCAGUCGAUGGUUUGCCUAUGUCAUCGUCACAUUCUCCUUGCUCACUGGAGUGCUGUACCUGUUCUUGGAAUUUGCUCUUGCAGAAUUUUUGGAUGAACCUGACUUCAGAAGGAACUGUGCUGUAGGUUUCUCAGGAGUUUUGUUUGCUUUGAAAGUUCUUAACAACCAUUAUUGCCCUGGAGGUUUUGCCAACAUUUUGGGCUUUCCUGUACCCAACAGAUUGGCUUGUUGGGCAGAACUUCUGGCUAUUCAUUUCCUCUCGCCAGGGACUUCCUUUGCCGGGCAUCUGGCCGGGAUUCUUGUUGGACUGAUGUACACUCAUGGGCCUCUGAAGAAAAUCAUGAAAAAAUGUGCAGGCAUUUUUUCUUCCAAUAUGCAUUAUCCCGGACAGCAGUACCACGUUAAUAAUUCAGGCUACUCCAGAUAUCAGGAUUCUUACCAGUAUGGAUGGGCAGCCUACUCUGAAGAAACACCCAGGAACUAUGAUGCCUACACAGCAGGACUGAGUGAGGAGGAACAACUGGAGAGAGCAUUAAGAGCCAGCCUCUGGGACCGAGAGCUGUGCUUGACAAACCAAGCUAAUUUUGCCAAGCGAGCCCCCCCCCGAAUAUUGUUCAAGCCAUAUGCAUUUUGAAGGAAAUUUAAUCCAUAUGUUCCUGAGUCACUUACGCCUAAGUCAUUAAAAUGUUAUUUUGUAAAUGUGAUUUCAUGUUUGAAGUCGUAGUAAAGUAUUUUUAGGAGAUUUUUCCUUCUUCGGAACGCUGUUUUUCUUGGUUUGUUUUCUUGUUUUAUUUAAACACACCGCACAUCGUCGUAACACCCACCCUGUGGUUAGACACAAAGGGCGUCUUGAAGCCAGAAGGAGCGUCUAGUCUAACACGGUUAGACUAGGAGUCCGUUUUCUCAUCAUACAAGUUGAUCAGUGUUAUCAUUUACCCUUCAGUGUUUUCUGUUGUGUUCUGGGCUGCUUUCUACCUGGUCAUAGCCCACCCCAACCCUCUCCCGUGCUGCUCCCCGAAUGGGUGCCCAUGAAAGAGAAAAGGGAAAAGAAAAGAAAAGAAAAAGGAAAAUAAUAGAACCAGACUGCCUCCUAGGAUCUGUUUCUCAGCUGUGCCACGUGAGCCUUUCUUCCCAAAACAGAGUUCAUAUCCCCUUUUACCUACUGGCACUGCCAGCUGGGAGGACUUAGGUGUUUCAUAAAAUGUCUGCAGAAGAGAAAAGUAAAAUGGAAUUUAGGAGCAGCCUAUGGCUUUUCAUUCUUAGGACAGAUAAAUGGUGGUGCCUGCUUUGGACUAAAGCUGAUUGAAAAAUGGUUUCAUGUCUUUUUCCCAAAAUAAGUUUCCUUCCUUCCUUCCUUCCUUCCUUCCUUUCUUUCUUUUUAAAACUUCUGCUUCUUUGGAGUCCCAUGGUAUGGACCGAGAUUUGUCUGUGCGUGAAGCAUCCUGUUUUAUGUGUGUCUGUCCAUCGGGAAUAUCUUAGCUUGCAGAGGGCACCGGAGAGGCCUUACUUUUCAGGGUCUGGUAGGGACGUGUCCGUCCUGAUCCCCAGCCCUUCACAGGCAGCAGGUGCAGCGUCUGACAUUGUAAGAGACAUUUACCACCCAGAGGUCCCCAAAGUUCAGGGGUUAAAACUUUGACUUCUUGGCAAUCUGAGCUUGUGAAAUACGUUCCCAUCUUGUUUGUUUGUUUGUUUUUAAUUCAGUCCUCGAAACUGCCCCGAAGGCUGUGGUUUCUGGGUUUGGGUCAGUUGUUUUUCCAUAAGAAAAUUGAGGUUCAGAGAAGUUACUUUCUUAGAUCUUUCCCACUAGGAGGGCAGCUGUUGGUGUAUGCUUCUGACCUCACUCGACUGUAAGCUCGGUGAGAGGAGUGAUGUCCUGGCCGUCGUGUGGGGAUGUUGGAGGACCUUUGUGGGCUUUUAUUUUUGGAAGUCUGACCUUAUAGCAUUUCACAUGUACUACAACAUAUGACUGUGUGACUUUUUUUAAUCCAAAAGUGAAUCUUCAUCUUUUGUCAAGGCUCUAGGAUCUGGUGACCUAUUGAACAUGGUGGAAAGCUAGGGGAGAGAGCCCUUCCUUAUGAAAGAAAGAAAUACAAAGGGACUCAGGGAGGAGGGGAGAGGCUAGGAUUAUCUAAAGAGCCAUCCUUUUCUUCCUUAGACCUUGAUUCCACCCUAGAAAAGAGGAUCCCCACUUCUGUUGAUGGAUAGUGGGAGUAUUCGUUCCUCACCAAACUUCUUUGGAGGCCUCCGGAGUGCACUUGAACUAAACUCAAAAACCUGCAAAGCGGUUGAUGGGAUGAGUUUCUGGGUCAAGGCAGAAAUAGUGGAACUUGCCCUCCAACCCUGAAAAUUCUUUGGGAUUCCAUCAUUCGGCAAAUACUCAUUGGCCACCUGCACUAGCAACACCACAGUGACCAGGACAGACUCAUCCAGAGCUCUGUCCCUCCACACUGGAUCAAACUCUUGUUCCUCAGGGUACCUUUUUUGAAGUAUAUUUGACAUGUCUUACUUUUUUAUUGCUCAUUUUUUUGGUUGGAUUGUAUGUACAUGCCCAAAUGACCUUGUGUAUUCCUGAGUCCUUCUGUUAGAAGUUAGAAUGGGGAAGGAAGCCUAUAACAUAAAAAUGGGGCAUAUAAAAGUUCAGUUUCUCCACUGCUAAAUUAGUUUCUGUAUUUCUUUUCAAAUCUCUUGGUAGACCUGACCUACAGGAGAAGAAGAUGGAGUACCCUUCUUGAGUUCGUACUGUGCCCUCUGACACUGCCCUUCCUCAUCCAAUUCCUUUCUGGGCUCUCCGCAGAGACCCUUUUCAUUUUUAGUACUUCUUUUUUGCAUGCAUGUAUGAUUCUUAAGUGACCUUUUCCUAAACUCAUUGAGGGCAUUUAAUAUGGACAGGAAUCCCAAAGCAUAUUCUCACCAGAGAAAGAACAAGGUUUGCCUGCCAUCAAUUUAAGGAUAUGAUUACUCAAAGUUUUGAAAUGUUUUCUUGCAUUGAAGAUGUUGGUGACCAAGAAGUGGGUACCUGAGGGGAGGCGUCUGGCCUCCUUGUCAAGGAAGUUGGGAAGGUGGUAUUUUCAUAUUCCCUUUUCUACUCUGCUUCCUCAUAUGCUUUGCUAUUUACCCAAAAGUUUCCCCAUUGGAAGAUUUGUAUUUAUUUAUUUAGAGUAAAGCUCCAUGGCCUUGGGUAUCUUUCCCAAAGCAAUUCCAAGAUGUCACUUCUCCUACUGACUCUUUCUUCCCUGCCUAGUCUCCUUCAGCAAGAACUUUUCUAAUAUUUUAUAUUCGAGUUUUCUUGUUAGAAAAGAUGAUAAAUUAGGCCAUGAGGAAACAAGCCUGAAAGUUCCAGAAAUUGUCAUUCUUGAAAAUGCCAGGUCUUUUCGUGAUUGUCAUCACUAUUGUCUUAAGGAGUGAAAACCAAAUGAGAAGGAUGUGGAGCUGCUGUUUCAUUCAUGGACACACUUGCCACUGAUUGUAUCCCCCUCCAGAAUUUCUGUGAGUCUUAGAACAGCUCUAAGGUCAAUAGAUCCUUUGGUCCUCAGAUCAUAAUCCUGACCGUUGACCCUUCUAGCUGCUCCCUCUGGAGAGUCCCCUUUUUGUUCAGGUAUGAGAUUCGCCGCUGGGCAUGCGCUGGACUCGAGGGUUGGCAGGGUCUGUGGCGGGGCUCCCUCACAGCCUUGCCACACUCUGGCAUCUGUACCCAGUAUCCGAGGCCUCGACAAGUGACCAGAGUCAAAGAUUCCUUUUCCGCGGCACAGGGAGUAACAGUUCGAAUGCAUAGUUAGGAAUCUGACCAUCGUGAAUGCCCAGCACUCAAAAGUU